UAGGCACAAGUUUUAUUAUCAUUACAAUACAAGAGGUCUUCGUUUCUUCAUUAUUAUUGACUACUACUUCUCGUUAUUCAUUUCUAACUAACUCAAGAGUUAAAAGAAAUUAAAUACUAAGUGAAUUUCUCAGUGUAUGCAUUAUCUUGAUCUAAGCGUGUGAAUAGAUUAUUACCCAGCAUCAAGAAAUCAAUGGUGUCUAGCAAUAUUGUAGUGUUGUUAUCGUGAUUGUGGGGUAGACUCUGUCACUAGGAGGGGAUUGGUCGAUUUACAUAGAGAUUAAAUAUACUGAUCUGUUUGAAGAUUAAACCAAUUUACUUGUUUUUCUCUCCAAAUUAAUUAGAUCAAAAGUAACUCAAAUAACACUGAUAAGAGGUGCUGAUUUAUUUAUAAGAAAAAAGAAUAAGCUUGUAUCUUUUGUGAAAAAAACCCAACAUUUUUAAUGGACUUGUAAUAAAUUUGGAUUUAUCUGAUAAAGAUGACUACUGUUAAACAAAAUAGUGGACCUAGGGAGGCACAAGUCAAAAGAAAGAUGAAAAGGCACAUGACAAACUAUCAUUUUCUGCUCACCGAUCCAGCCUUACCUCUUUUAUCAAAGAGAAAUAAAUCGGCCAAAUCUAAACACAAGAAGACCCCAAAGAUACCUGAAUAUUUCUAUAUAUAUUCUGCAAGACCUCACCUAAUACCACGAUCCACAACAAGCAUAGGUAGUAGUUCCAUCAGAUCUGGUAAACGAAGAAGUAAGAGUAGCUGGAGUCAAUCAAGAAAGCAAACACAUGAUCCUACAACUAGGAAGGAAGCAGAUAGAUUAGUUAAUGCUGCAGCUAAAUUACUGGUUGCUACUGAAACAGUUGAAUCCCUCGAUUCAGCCCGAUCACCUAGACCGCAAACUGCACCAAGAUCUUUUGAGAGUGGAACACAGGGAAACCUGCUACUGGUAAAAGUUCAUAGGUCAGCCGAUCAUAUAAAUAAGGAAAAUAGACGACCACAUACAGCCAAAUAUAGUUAUGAUAUAAAUGGUAGAAAGAUCUUCAACACACAACUUACAUAUUACGAUGACAGUGAUUCAGUAGUAAGGAAACCUCGAAGAAGCCAGUCUGCUAGAAGUCCAAUAGAAAGACCAGGAUCACCGACUCCAUCUGAUGCUACUACACGUACCGAUGACACACGCUCAUCAUCCAUAUCAGUUGAUGAUGUACAACGGUUGAAAACACCAGCCCCACCCCGAACAAGAUCUGCCAAAAAGUAUAAGAACCGUACAUAUAUUAGUGAUAAUAAGAAACAUGAUGAAGAAGAAGUGACUGUAUCUAAGACAGUACAAACUCAAGGCAUUGGUACUGAUAUUGAUAGUGUUGGUAUACAGACAGAAAGGCGGCUACUAGAAAACUAUGAUCAUACUGAAGAUGAAGUAAAAGAAGGCCCGAUGGCUGAAUAUCAACUCACUGUACAAACAGGAAAUACAAUCGGUGCUAGUACUCAAGCAGAUGCCAAAAUUACCUUAUAUGGAGAGAGUGGUAGAAGUAAAGAAUUCACGCUUACAGAAUCACAAAAUCACAAAAUGAAAUUUCAGAAAGGAAAGGAAGACUUUUUUACAAUAUCAGCCCAUCAUGUUGGUAAAUUAACAAAAAUAAAGAUAGGUCAUGAUAGACCAGAACUAAGUUAUGCAUGGUUUUUAGACAGUGUCACAGUAUCUGAUAUGCACGAUAAAAGAGUCUAUGAUCUACCAUGUGGUCGUUGGUUAUCAGGACAAUAUGCUGAUAAAAACACUUAUCUCUUUUUACCGGUUCAGAGAGAACGAGCUAUAGUUGAAUCUUCUAUACAAACUCCAUAUGAAUCGACUGUACCCAGAGAAAGACGUACACCUACACCUGUCUCCAAAGCACCUCCCAAAUUGGAUAAAAAACAAUCAAGAAAGAGAGAAAAGCAAAAAGAUGGCAAGUCAGAGUCAGAAACUGACUCGAGUGAAUAUACAACAUCUGUAGAAUCAAACGGAAAAGGAAACAAAAAAUCACCAAAAAAACAAAAUGGCAGAAAAUCGGAAUCAAGUUAUACGAGUGAUAGUGAUGCAUCUUAUACAGACACUGAAACAGAAUAUGAUAGUGAUACUCAAAGUGAAAAGGUGUUUUCACUAAAAGACUCUCCCAGAGCUAAAAAUAAGAAUUCAGAAAACUUGAGAAAAAUCAGUAAUGAUUCAUCCAAUAAAGCCAACGGUCCGACUUUUACAUUCCAAUCAAUACAAGGUGAGACAGCCUCUACAGAAAGGUUAAAUGGAGAAAUUAUACAUGGAAGUAAUGAUAAUAGAGUGAAGUCCAGUAAAGAUGACAAAAAGAAUGAUAAAGAAAACAGAAAGAAAGGAAAAGAAAGCAGAAGAAAAAAUAGUGAAAAUGAUGAAAAUGGAUAUGAUAGUAAAAAAGAUUAUUUGAGCGGUUAUAGAGCCGGUUUGGAAGCUGCUCAGAAAGAAAGACUUAAAAAACGUGACGAAGAAAUGGAUGAAGAAAAGAAAGUAUUAACCAAAGGUAUGACAAUACAUGAGGCAGCAUGGAAUGGACAUCUUGAACGAAUAAAGCAGCUUGAUGAACACUUUCCUGACUUAAAAGAAUCUACUGAUGAGAAUGGUAUGGUACCUUUACAUAAAGCAGUAAUUAAUGGUCAGAAAGGUGUGACAAAGUGGUUGGCAUCAUCUGGUGUAGAACUAGAUGUAGAAACACCAACUAGUUAUACACCUAUGCAUUUAGCUGCAUUACAUGGUCAUGUUAAUAUUAUGAUGAUUCUCCAUGCUAUGGGUGCAUCAGUUACCGGUGAAACUGCAGAAAAACAGACCCCAUUGCAUUUAGCUGCUAGAGGGGGACAUUUAGAAUGUGUAAAAUGGUUGGUAGCUAACAGAGCAGUUUUAACAGCAGAAGACACUUUUGGUCGUAAACCUGUUUAUUUAGCCGAAGAAUUUGAGCAACAUACAGUCGCUGACUUUUUACGAGCCUGUGAAAAGGAAUUAGAAAAUCCACAGAGUAGUUUUGCUCAAAUAUAUGGAAAAAACUUAGCAGGGGAUCUACCUCCAGGGGACAGCUCACGAUGGAAUGAUGAUAAGUCGAUUGAUAUGUCACAGAAAGCCGAAGUAGGAAGUGAAGAUGAGGAAACUGUUAAAAGUACAACCAAUACAUCUACAUCAUCUAUUAAUCCCUAUCAUGAAAAAGAUAUACAGGAGAGACGGAAAAGUUAUGAUGAUCAGCACAAUAAAAUGUCUCAAAGAGGGAAAUCUUUUCUUGAUACAAUUAGACAAGAUAUUGAGGAAGAUGAAGAUGACAAAUAAUAUUUUACACCAUUACUGUAUUCACUUAAUCAAGUAUAACCACAAAACACUGUUUAAUAUUUCAAGAUUAAUAAUUUUUACUAUUAAAUAAACUACUAUAUAUUUAAGAUAUCUCUCUCUUAUUUCUAUAUUUGACAAUAUAAAUGUUUUAUAGAGGUAUUCUGUGAUAAUAUUUAACUGCCGCUAUAGAAGUUAUAUACUCUACUCUGUAUAUUCAUGGUAUAUUUAUCCUAAAGGUACCUCUACUUCAAAUUCUCAUAUUUUUUUUUAUCGAACUAUGAGUUUGUGACUGACAGUAGAUCUUAAAUAGAAGUUAUAUACUCGACUCGAUAUAUUUAUGAUAUAUUUAUACUAAAGGUACCUCUUCUUAAAAUUCUCAAAGUUUUAUCGAACUAUGAGUUUGUGACCGACAGUAGAUCUUAAAUAGAAGUAUAUUAAAAAUCUGUUUUACAAGUUAGUAUAUUACUUAAUGGUUGCACAAAACAAUCUUUAUACGAUUAGACAAUUCCAACAUUUAUAAUAUUCCUGUUAGAUCUUUAGGUAGUGACAAGGUCCAAGAUUUAAGGACAUAAACUUAUUAUGAAUUUUUAUAUCUAUCACAUUAUUCAGUUAGAAAAUCUGAUAGUAAUAAAAAUCUGUUUUAAGAGUUAAUAUAUUACUUAUUGGUUUCACAAAAUAAUCUUUACACGAUUUAAACAAUUCCAACAUUUAUAAUAUUCCUGUUAGGUCUUUAGGCAGUGACACGAACUCAAGUUUUAAGAGGAAAUAAACUUAUUAUGAAUUUUUUAUAUCUAUUAUGUUAUUCAGAUAGAAUAUUUGAUAGUAAUAAAUAUUUUAAUGGUUUGAAAUAUAAUAUUUGAUACAGCUGUAUACCUGUGAUAUGAUUAGCUUGUGAUAUUCAUCAAUAUUUAAUUAACACAACACUUUUAGAUAACUUGAAACUAAUAUGAGACAGAUUUUUGGGAAAGUAUUGUACAUCUAGGCCCAGGUUUGUAAGAAUAUAUUAAUUUCAUGUUGAAUUUGAUCAGAACUGAGUAAACAUGAGCCAAAGUUUUUUAAUUAGUUCAAAUUUCUGUUAAAAAAAAAGAACAUACUCUUAUAAAGUCUUUGGUAUUAACAUUCAUCAUCAUUGUUCAUUCACUUUUUAUUUUAUAAUUCAUUCAACAAGAUAACUCAUCAAUAUAAGACCACUUAUAGAUUGUAUUUUAUGUGUGAUUAUGGUAAUGCUUUAAAUUAUGAUUGUAUUUAAAUUGUUGAUUAUAGGUAUAGCUAUUUUAGGUAUGUGGGUUAUUGUAUAUGAAAUUUCUUUAAUGUAGACAAUGUACUGAUUCUAGCUAUUGUAUGAUUCAACAUUUAAAUCAAAGUAUUUCCUAUCUAGUCAAUUCAGGUUUAAUUUUAUCCAUCCAUUCGCUUUAUUAAGCCUUUAAUUCGAAUAAACAUCUUUAAUAUUAGAAUUAAAAUAAUUCUAUUUCCAACAUUAAGAUAUAUUUUCUUUGCGUGUAUUUGAAUACUUAAGAAAAAGAAUAUUUUAUUAAAAAUUUUUGUUGACUUUUCAAAGAUUGAUUGAAUACAUUUUAAAGUGUACUUAAAGUGAUACUGAUAAUUCCAUCCAUGUAUUAAUACUGCACCAGUAUACACUCAAUUAUUCCCUUCUAGUUGAAUAUUUAAGAAAAAGAAUAUUUUAUUAAAAAUUUUGUUGACUUUUCAAAGAUUGAUUGAAUACAUUUUAAAGUGUAAUUAAUGUGAUACUGAUAAUUCCAUCCAUGUAUUAAUACUGCACCAGUAUACACUCAAUUAUUCCCUUCUAGUUAAAGUUUAUAUCUUGUAUUUUAUUUUAGUGUCUACAUGUAUUUUUAUUGUUAUAUCUAGAUCGGUUUCUAUUUUGUGAACUGUGAUAUUGUAUAUAUAAAUAUUUAUAUUAGAUCUGAAUUUAAAUUUUUUUUUUGUAAUAAUUUCCUAUGUCUAAAAAAAUUUUUUUUACACAAACUUCUAAACCAUUACUGGUACAGGAAUUCUUUAUUGAAAUUAUUUUCUUUGCAAAGUAUUUUUUCACUUCUACAAGUCAGUUUUGUUUAGGUUAAUAAGAAAUAAUGGUGUUAAAAUCAAGGAAUUUUACUUUAAAUUCAUUCAAAUUCUCAUGCAUUUGGUUUACAUUAAUUUGUUUUCUUAAAGAACAUGAAAUUAUUUCAUUUGCAAAGUAUUUUUUCACUUCUACAAGUCAGUUUUGUUUAGGUUAAUAAGAAAUAAAGGUGUUAAAAUCAAGGAAUUUUACUUUAAAUUCAUUCAAAUUCUCAUGCAUUUGGUUAACAUUAAUUUGUUUUCUUAAAGAACAUGACUUGAAUUAUCUGACAAAUUUAUGAAUGUUUUUGCACAAAACUACUACUAAUUUUAAUUCCCAACCAGUCAAUUUCACUGUUUGUUUACUUUUCUUUCCAAGGUGGGAUUAACUUUAUGAAAAACAAAUGUUUGGUUUUUUUUGCCUUAAAUCAUGUAACUUCUAUGUUAAGCUUACUAAUUAUGAAUGAAGUGGCUUUUCACAUAAUAUAUUCAAUACAAUUACCACAACUUACUAUUUUAUCAAAAGCAUCCAAUAAAAGUUUAUG